CACUCUCAAAUUAAUUUGAAUGUUUCAAGGCUUUCAGGAAGAGGGUCAAAUAAGGAAUAUAAGAAAUUAAAGGUUCAACAUGGGAUUUUCAGACCACUGGAGUUGGCUUGUUGCACUUUCAUGUCUCCUCGUAGGGGAGGUUCAGUGUGAUUGCACAGAGGACAAAAUGCAAAUAGAAGGAGGUCAUUACACACUAACCAAGCAGCUGGAGACAGGCAGCAUGUUGAUCUACCACUGUCCUGAGGGCUACUAUCCAUACCCCUCUUUGACCCGCCUGUGCCAGCGAAAUGGCAGGUGGAAAGAGCCACCCAGAAGAUACCCAACUCAGAGAUGCAGGGUUGUUGAAUGCCCUGACCCCAACGUGCUGGAGUAUGGAGAAGUCUUCCCUCAUCAGGCGAAGUACUUUGUGAACAAUGAGACCGCGUAUGAGUGCUACUCUGGAUACACAAUGCGAGGCUCACCCAAACGGGUGUGCUUACCAAACGGGAAGUGGAGCGGCUCCACUCCCAUCUGUAGCCGUGACUCAGGGGCCACUUGUGCUGAUCCUGGUGUCCCGGCUGGUGCCGCAAGAACAGGGAAAAUAUUUGGAAUUGACGACACAGUGAAAUACAGAUGCAAUGGCAACCUGAUUUUGGUUGGGUCGAGUGAGAGAGUGUGUCUGGAGAACGGCCAGUGGACGGGCAAAGAGCCAGCAUGCUACUACAAACACACUUAUGACACUUCAUUGGAGGUUUCAGAGGAAUUUGGCAGUGCCAUCAAAACCAGCCUCACCACUUUAGAGUCCAUCGAUGACAUACAGGGGGGGAGAAAAAUCAGGAUCUCAAAAAAUGGGACGCUUAACAUCUACAUAGCAGUGGAUAUUUCUGAGAGCAUCCAGGAAAAAUACUUCCAAGAUGCAAGAGAUGCGAUCAUAAAACUGAUCUCAAAGAUUUCAUCCUUUUCCGUGAAUCCAAACUAUGAAAUUAUCUUCUUCUCCUCUGAAAAGUAUGAAGUUGUCAACAUUCUUGACUUUUUUGAUAAAAAAGCAGAACUAAACACCACCAUAACUAAAUUGGAAAAUUUUGAAGUAGGGGACAGAAACACUGGAACAGAUCUGGACCUCGCUUUUAGGACAUUCUUGGAGAAAAUGGCUCUUAUAAAGCAACGAGUUGGAAAAGAGGGUUUUAUGGAACAUCGUCACGUCAUCAUUACAUUUACAGAUGGGGCUUAUAAUAUGGGCGGAUCACCUGAACCCACUGUGAGAAGAAUAAAGAACAUGGUAUACAUGAACCACAACGGUGAACAGGACAAUCCCUCAAGAGAAGAGUAUCUGGACAUUUAUAUUUUUGCCAUUGGAGCUAAGCUCUCUGAUGACGACCUGCUGCCCCUCACAGCUGGGACCGGUGGACAGCAUUACUUCAGAAUGAAGGAUAUUCAAAAUUUACAAAAGAUCUUUGAUGACAUAAUUGAUGAAGAAGAAGUUAAGGGUCUAUGUGGUCUUCACAAGGAGUAUGAAACAGACUCCAAGAGGGAAAGAUAUCCAUGGAUGGCAUCCAUUAUUAUCCAGAAUGAAAACAGAUCGACUUGCAUCGGCUCUCUGGUGAACACUCAGUUUGUCUUGACUGCUGCUCACUGCUUCAAAUAUGGACCUUUACCUGAACAUGUCACAGUUGAAAUUGAUGAUGGACAGGGUAGAGUGAAAAAAGUUAAAACUUUCAUAAUACACCCGAAUUACAAUAUUUACGCUAAAGUGAAAGAGGGCGUGAGCGAGUUCUACGAUUAUGAUGUGGCUCUUAUCCAGCUGGAGAUGGAUGUUCGAAUCUCCAGUGAUGUGAGACCUAUUUGCAUACCUUGCACCGAGGAGACCAGUGAUGCUCUAAAACUGGUUGGAGAAUCCACCUGCAAGCAGCAAGAGCAGGAGUUGUUAAAGACUGAUCUUGAAAAACUCUUUUUCCUGACCAAGAAAGCAGAAAAGAAAGAUGUCCACGCUAAGCUAGGCGUGCAUAGAGAUGAGUGCAUCAGACAUGCACUACAGGCACCAGGCAUAACAACGAACGAUGCAAAGGUUGCCGUGACUGAUAACUUCCUGUGCACUGGCGGUAAAACUCAUUUCAGAGAUCAUAUAACAUGUAAAGGUGACUCUGGUGGCGCUGUGUUCAAGAACUAUGAGCAUCGCACAGUACAGGUUGCACUGGUCAGCUGGGGAACCAAGGAUCUGUGCAAGUUGGUUACCAAUUCAGAUCGCGAGUCAGAUGAGAACUCCAGAGAUUUCCAUAUUAAUCUUUUCAGAGUCGUCCCUUUUCUUAAAUCAAUCCUUGGAAAUGACAACCAGAAUGACUACGCACCACUUCAGUUUUUGAAGAACUAAAAAGUAUUUGCAUACUAUAGUUUGUUUUGCCAUCUCAGUUUUAUGUUUCGUGUAUACUGUACUAAACAAACUGGAUUCUUCUUUGUGUUCAUAAUACAAAAUAAAUAAAUGUUCAGAUCAAAAGCAUACAUAUUUACACAUGCUCACAAAAAAUACCAUUUUUUGUAUUUUCAUAAUCGACCAGGAUGUAAAGCAGUUAAUAAAUCACUAUAAACCUGCA